UUCCUCACUCAUCUUCCUCCUCACACCAAAUAUUUAUAUUUUCUAUUCACAAACAAAAACAUAAAACACUUUUCUCUCUCUCUCUCUCUUUGUUUAACAAACAAUAUGGAAGGAAGACAAUAUUACCCUCCGAGAGAAAACGUCGUCGACGGGAACAGAACCACCACCAUGGGAGGACCUCACUCACCGUGGCAUUCACCGGUUCCUUAUCUCUUUGGUGGUUUAGCUGCGAUGCUCGGUCUCAUAGCUUUUGCUCUUUUAAUCCUCGCUUGCUCUUACUGGCGUCUCUCCGGUUAUCUCGACGGCGAGGAAGACCAGAGAGAUCUCGAGGCCGGAGAUGUCAAACCCGAAAAGGCGGCCGUGAAGCCUGUAGCUUUGCCGGAAAAGUUCUUGGUGAUUAUGGCCGGUGAUGCCAAACCUACUUACUUGGCCACGCCCGCUGAAAAAACUUGUACUUGCGACGACGACGAUGUAGAUGAUGACGUUAAAGGUAGUGAUCAGGUGGUGCGGCGAAGUAACGAAAGUAACGUUGCGGCGACACAUUGAGAAAAACAAAAACAGAGGGAAGUGAUGAGACAAAAACAGAGGAUCGAUCGUCUUACUGUGAAACAGUUUCUUGAAGAGAACUGUUUUGUAGCAUCUGACCCGGUUGCGUCGGGUACUCGGGUCGGGUCAGAACUCUACAUGAUGAGAGACCUAAAUCAUCUUAGGAAGGUAUAAAACUGGAUUAUUAGGAAGUGAAAAUUGUGUAUUUUAAUCUCAGCUUUUGCGUAGUUUUAGGUUAUGUUUUUGUAGUUGUAAGUUUGUAUAACUCACCAGUUUUGUUCCAUUUCUAGGUCAUGAUGAGGGAAAAAAAUGUAAAUUUCUGAGACUAUGAAUGGGAGAUUUGUGAUUAUUAUAUUUUUGUGACUAAGAAUAAAAAAAAAAUUCUUGAUUAUA